CUGACAAAGGAUGUCUGAAAAAAAUUUCAUUCAUUAUGUAAAAAUUAAUUUAAGUAUUUUUAAGUACGUUGGAUUUGCAGCAUUCUCAAUUGACAAGAAUAAUCAGGUUUACAUAACUCUAAUGGAUGUCUUUUGUUAUGCUGCAUCAUCAUGCAUAGGAAUCUUUAUCAUCUAUAAUUCAUGGCUACAAAAUGAUGUUAAGGUCGACAAGAAUUUUUUAAUCGAUUUUGGGAACUUAAUAUCAGCAAAUGUAGCAGUUGUGAUCUCAUUAAUUAGCAUGCUACUUUAUUUUAUCGAAUAUAAAAAAAUAUGGCAAUUAGUGCUUUUCCUUCAUAAGGUUGAUGAGCAGCUUAUUUCCUUAGGAUUGAAACUUAACCACAUGCUCAUCACAUUAUUCUACUUCUCAGUCACUGUUGCAAACUUUAUUUUGAUCAUGGUUCCGUUGAAUAUAGCCAUGAACCGUCUAAACAUGUCGAUGUCAAAUAUAUUGAUUUAUAAUUAUUCAGGGAUGUAUUUUUCAUUAUCUAUGGGCGGCGUGUUAACUAUCAGCUUGUGCUUUUUGAUCAGAUCGAAGAAUAUACUCGAUGCUAUAAAACUUAAUUUUCGAUUUCUUGAAGAUCAGAAUUCAUUUCAAGUUAGAGAUAACAGAAGAGAAACGCAAGUGAUGGUCAAGCUUAAUCAAAUUUAUCAUGAUUUGUUCAAAGCACUUGAGAAAGCAAGUCAUGUCGGUGGACUUUGUAGCUUACUUGGAUACUUUCUGUGUUUUGUCUUCUCAAUCUACACAGGAUUUGUUUGCUACAAAGCAUUAACAACUUCUGACACUCAAAUGAAGCAAAAAGCAAUAUUUACAGUUCUAUGGUUCCUGUAUCUGAUAUUUUUUCCAGCACUGAUCACAAUUCUAGGAGAAGCUGUAGAACAAAAUGCAAAUCACAUGAUAAGAUUGUUAAAAUUCAUAUCCAAAAGAUCUAGUAAAAGUUUAGAGAGUAAAACAUUGACAUUAAUGGAAUUAAUCAAAUGCUGCCCAUUAAAAUUUUCAUGCUAUCUUUUUGAUCUUGAUUUGAAGCAAGCAUGCUCGUUGCUUGAAGCAUCUUCAACAUAUAUUGUGUUCCUGAUACAGUUCGAUAUAGCAAUGGGCUUUAAUAUGGCAUAAAAGUUUAAUUAAAGUGAAUUUCGAAAAAAUAAAAAUUUAACGGUUUUUAAAAAUUUGAAAAGUAUUGGGCUGAACUGAGAUAAAAUGAAAUUUACUGAAUGAAUUUGUAGAUUUGAAUUGAACGUUAAAAUAGAAUUAAUUAUUUUAACAUAUAAUAAAUCCUUUAA